AUUCACUGAGACUGAGCUAUGGUACUGAGCUAUCACCCCGAGUGAGGAUAGCGGCGGAAGGAUCCGCUCUGUGAGGAGGCCUUGAGCGGAUGCUGCUCUCCCAUUGGUCGCUGCGGACCCAGAGCUGAGGAGGAAGAGGAGGAGGAGGAAGAGCGGGCUGCUGUGUACUCCUGAAGACUUGUUUAUUUUCCUAGGAAGCUCCACCAGCAGCAGGUGCUUAGUGAAGAUGGAGAGUGUUGGGCCUGCUGUCCAGCCGUUGGGUGCAGAGAGUGAUGACACCAAAGAGAACAUGGAUGCAGCAUAUACGGGGACACCUAUAUCAGACUGUUCACAACAACAUGGAGGUGCUCACCCCCCCACUCCCCAUCAAGAACAGGAGGAUCUAGCAUUACAUAGUGGGGAUCAGCAAAUGGUAGACAGUGAAGAACCGAGGCAAGAGGAAGAGCAGUCAAGAGGUCGACGUGGUGGCUGGACCAAAGGGCGCAAGAGGAAAAGGAGUCCUCGGGACAACAAUGCCCCAAAAGCACCUCUGACUGGAUAUGUGCGUUUUAUGAAUGAAAGGCGGGAGCAACUGAGGGCGGAAAGACCAGAUGUGCCAUUCCCUGAGAUCACCAGAAUCGUAGGCAGUGAGUGGAGCAAGUUGCCCGCCCAUGAGAAGCAGCAUUACCUGGAUGAAGCAGAAAGAGACAAGGAGCGGUAUACAAAGGAACUCCAGCAGUACCAGAAAACCGAGGCGUUCCGUUCAUACAGCUGCAAGUCACAGAGUCACCAGAAGGGAAGGCAGCAAAGACAGGGAGCUCGUACAAUCUCCAGUGGCCCAGAGAAAGAAUCUGUUCUGAAAGAGAGACCAAUCUUCGACAUACCAAUCUUUACGGAGGAGUUCUUGAAUCACAGCAAAGCACGUGAGGCAGAAUUAAGACAGUUGCGGAAGACCAAUAUGGAGUUUGAAGAACGUAACGCUGCUCUCCAGAAACACGUGGAGAGCAUGAGAUCUGCAGUGCAGAGAUUGGAGGCCGAACUUAACCAAGAACAGGGGCGGAAUUCUUUGUUGCAGCAGCACCUACAGAGUGUUCGCCAGGCACUGACGCACUGUCUGCGGGCUGUACCAAUUCCAGGUACUUCGGAAACACCAACGCUGGAUACCAUUGACACCUACAUGAGUCGCUUACAAAACGCCAUGCUCACACACCCAAAAGAAAGCGAGGUUCUUAUUGCUGGCGUCCGAGAAGCUCUAAGCCAGCUGGAAGGGUGAGGGACACCUCAUGUAUCCCAUGACCAUGUGGGCCUUCUAAACUUUUUCUAAAAUACUUUGAUUGGACUUUUCAUCACUUUAGAACUACCCAGUUUAUCAGUGGUUUAGGGACCACAUUGUACAAAAUGGACAACUCCCUGUUCUUUCUUCCCUUCGUUGUGUCUUGGUGCAUCCUCCAUACAGCAAUGCAUGUACGAUAAUAUGUCAAUAAAUGUGUUCUGUUUACUGUGUAA